AUGAGUGCGGCAGUUAAAUUUAUUUUAUUUUCCAUAACGAUCGGAAUAUAUUUUUUAAAGGAAAUAAAAUCAUUAAACGACGAUACAUUUUCUAAUGAUUUUUCAAAAUCAUCGUGCGAUUUUACAUUAAAUUUAUUGAAGGUUGUCGAGCCGGAUGAUAAUGAUAACGUUUUAUUGUCUCCUACGAGCAUCGGAAUUCUUCUUGCUAUAUUACAACAAGGUUCAAAUGGUGAAACAUUAAAACAACUUGAAAAUGUCCUUCAAAUGAAUUCGAAUCAUUCUAAACAUGGUUACGGUCAUGCAAUUAAAUCACUCGAGAGAGAAACGACAAAUUUAACAAUAGAAUGGGGUAAUCGCGGGUACGUCGCACCUGGUUUUCAAUUAAAUUCAAAUUUUUUAAAUACCGUACAAGAAAAUUUUAACAUGACCGUCGAAGAACUCGAUUUGACAACAUCGACAACGGGUGAUGCUGCCACGAAAAUAAAUAAUUGGGUUAAACAAGUAACUCACGAUAAUAUAAAAAAUUUCAUUGAUGCUUCAUUUUUAACGCCCGAUUUCGUUAUGAUACUCGUUAACGCGAUUUAUUUCAAAAGCGUUUGGGAUUCGCCAUUUCAAAAAUACAAAACACGAACGGAUAAAUUUCAAAUAAAUGACGAACAAAAGGUCGAAGUACCCUUCAUGAGACAAGCCGGAAGGUUCACGGCCGGAGAAGAUACGAAUUUAGGUAUUAAAUGGAUAGAACUUCCGUUUCAGGAUGAUAAUUUUUCAAUGAUAUUCAUACUCCCGAUAAAAUCACACGGAUUAAAACAAGUCAUGGAAAAAUUAUCAGGUACGGAUUUGAAACGGAUUAUCGAUAAUAAAGGUACGAGACGUGUUAAAUUAACAAUUCCGAAAUUUAAAUUAACUAAAAAAGAAUAUCCGACGGUACGAAAACUCUUCAAUUGA